CUCUCUCUCUCUCUCUUUCUUCCUACAGCGCGCCGAGCCUGAUUCCACGAGGCACACUGCGAAGAUGGUGCUUUCGUUUAUUCUGAUUCAGAACAGGCAAGGGAAGACGCGGUUGGCGAAGUGGUAUGCGCCGUACAGUGAUGAGGAGAAGAUCAAGCUAAAGGGCGAGGUACACCGCCUUAUCGCGCCCCGCGACCAGAAACAUCAAUCCAACUUCGUCGAGUUCCGCAACAUGUCCAAGAUCAUAUACCGCCGAUACGCUGGCCUCUUCUUCUGCGCAUGCGUCGACACAAAUGAUAACGAACUGGCAUAUCUAGAAGCUAUCCACUUCUUUGUGGAGGUGCUAGAUGCAUUCUUUGGCAAUGUGUGUGAGCUGGAUUUGGUGUUUAACUUCUAUAAGGUGUAUGCGAUCCUCGACGAAGUGUUCCUGGCAGGCGAGAUCGAAGAGACGAGCAAACAGGUCGUGUUGACGCGAUUGGCACACCUGGAUAAGCUGGAAUAAGGCACGGAGAGUCAAAUCAUGAAUAUGGUAAACGGCUGCAGCUCAUAGUCUGGACCACUUCGACCGGCACACCAAGGGCGCGCGGUAUUAGUACCUAUGGGCUGAUAAGGGAUAACCCAGGGAUGUUAUAUACAUGGUCCCGCCGCGCGGUAUUGCACAGGCAAUUGAAGUGCCAAGUGAUUCCCGACAGGUCACUUUUGGUAUACUUGGAUGUUCAUUGGUACGAAGGUUUUGUGCCGUUGGAUGAACAGAGGAGAUCAUCUGUAUAUACUGUCGCCCUCGAUAAUACAGACCACACUGUUCCUCGACGGAAACAUUCCGAGUCUGCUGGUGACACGCGAGUGAAUGGACCCUUGUCUCGUUCUUGCAUGUGGAAGCGCGCACGGACGCGCUCUUUCGAUGGAAGUAGAGGUCUAGAAAAUAGACAGAUC